AGACGCUCAGCGUGUCUCCUCGGCAGCUCCGGGAGAGAAGAAUGGGAGAGGGAACGGGACUGUGUAUGUAGACGAGGCAGCGCGUGGAAACAUGAGGAUAACGGGCAGUUUUCCAGCUAGAAUAACCUCUUAAACAGAUAACCACACAUACCAGGAGGCUUUCUUCUUUGACAUUUGCCUUCCCAUUGGAGAACACAGGAGAAGAGAGGAUCCUCUUUGUGAAUCCGAUUUGACUAGGAUAAAAGCCCUGACACAGAGUGGAGUGGAGUGGAGUGGUGGUUUCGUCUGACCUUUCACCUCGGUAGGAAGGAGAGAAAGCCACUUCAGAGAUGGACCAGGUAUCAGACGAUGAGCUGGACCACGGAGCGGAGGAGGACAGCGAUAAGGAGGACCAGGACCUGGACAAGAUGUUUGGAGCUUGGCUUGGAGAGCUGGACAAGCUGACACAGAGUCUGGAUGAUGGCAGGCCUCAGAAACCACUGCAGAAGCCUCCUCUCAGACAGGAGACGAACAUGGCCAAUUUCUCCUACCGCUUCUCAAUGUAUAACAUAAACGAGGCGUUGAACCAGGGCGACACAGUGGACCUGGAUGCCCUGAUGGCUGACCUGUGCACCAUUGAGCAGGAGCUCAACACCAUUUCCAAACCAAACUCUGCGUCUCGCGGCCAGAACAAAGGCCAGCAGCGGGGCCCCGGGGGCCGCAGUGCCAGCACCAAGCACACAGGCACCAGUGGAGGGGGAAGCAGCGGAGGAAGCACCAGUAGCAGUACCCGGGCGUCGCCGGCCAACACAGUGCGAGGCGGCAGCCUCAACACCCGCCCCGCUGCCUCCAACAUCUCCCUGGAUGACAUCACCUCUCAGCUGGAGAAGGCCUCUCUCAGCAUGGACGAGGCGGCACGUCAGACCUCCUCCUCCUCUUCCUCCUCCUCUUCCUCUUUCUCCUCCACCACGCUCCGGCGGCCCUCAUCGGGGUCGUCCGGCGGCGGGCAGCACAGGAGGACGGGCUCAGUGGGCGCGGUCAGCGAGCAGGAGGCUGCGUCCCAGCGGUCCAGCGUGAAUUCAGCGUGUGCCUCGGCGUCCAGCAUGGACUCCCUGGACAUCGACAAAGUGAUGGCGGGUGGAGAGGCGGAGGGUCAGAGCAGCCAGAGCACACAAGGACAGAACCAGACCAGCACAGAGCACUCCUAUCUGGACCGAGAAACCUCGCUCAUUCUGAAAAGCAUAGCAGGAAAGCCUUCUCACCUCCUGACCAAGGAGGAACAAGCUGCCAAACUGAAGGCGGAGAAGAUCCGAGUUGCCCUGGAAAAAAUCAAGGAGGCACAGGUCAAAAAGCUGGUGAUCCGGGUCCACAUGUCAGACGAGAGCUCCAAGACCAUGAUGGUGGAUGAGCGGCAGACGGUCAGGCAGGUGCUGGACAGCCUGCUGGAUAAGUCGCACUGUGGCUACAGCCCCGACUGGUCCCUCGUGGAAACCAUCAACGAGCUACAGAUGGAACGUAUUUUCGAGGAUCAUGAGAACCUGGUGGAGAAUCUAUUAAACUGGACCCGGGACAGCCACAACAAGCUCAUGUUCAUCGAACGCAUCGAGAAAUACGCUCUCUUCAAGAACCCUCAGAACUACUUGCUGGGGCGGAAGGAGACGUCUGAAAUGGCUGACAGGAACAAAGAGGCUCUGUUAGAGGAGUGUUUCUGCGGCGGCUCGGUGUCGGUGCCAGAGAUCGAGGGCAUCCUGUGGCUGAAGGAGGACGGGAAGAAGUCGUGGAAGAAACGUUACUUCCUCCUCAGAGCUUCGGGGAUCUACUACGUCCCCAAAGGCAAAGCCAAGGCAUCCAGAGAUCUCGUGUGCUUCCUGCAGCUGGACCACGUGAACGUGUACUACGGCCAGGACUAUCGCAGUAAAUACAAGGCUCCCACUGACUACUGCCUGGCCCUGAAGCAUCCCCAAAUCCAAAAGAAGUCCCAGUACAUCAAGUAUCUGUGCUGUGAUGACGUCAGGACCCUGCACCAAUGGGUGAACGGAAUUCGCAUCGCCAAGUAUGGCAAGCAACUCUAUGUGAACUACCAGGAGGCCAUGAAGAGGACAGAGGCGGCCUACGAUUGGUCCUCUCUCUCUACGUCCAGCAUCCGAUCAGGCUCCAGCUCUGCCAGCAUUCCUGAGUCCCAGUCUAAUCACUCGGGCCAGUCAGACAGUGGAGUGGACACUGGCUCUUCUCAUGGCCGGUCCCAGAGUGUCGUGAGCUCCAUUUUUUCUGAGGCCUGGAAGAGAGGCACCCAGAUCGAGGAAAGCUCCAAGCACAUGAGAAUGGAGGCGACCAGAGGGGCCACCCUGCCGCACGCUUCCCACGGUCACCGGCAUCACAGCCUGCAUUCAGCCGACCAUCCGGCCCUGACGCCACCUCCACAACCGCAGGUGCAGCCUCAGCCUCAGCCUCAGCCCCCAACAGCACCCGCCGCAGCAUCAGCACCCGCCGCAGCAUCAGCACCCGCCGACACACCCCCAGACACCGACCCAGGGGGCAACACAGCAUCAGCACCCGCCUCCCCAGCAUCCAUCUCCUCAACAGGCCCCGCAACCGCCUCCCCAGUUCCCCCAGCGCCCUCAGCAAUCACCACAGUCUCCGCAACCGCAUCAGCAGCCGCAGACCAUCGGCGGCUACGGCCACGCGCCCCCACUGCAGCAUCAGCAGCAUCAGCAUCAGCAUCAGCAUCAGCAUCAGCAUCAGCAUCAGCAGCAGCAGCAAAGCAGCAGCAGCAGCAGCAGCAGCAACAACAACAGCAGCAGCAGCAGCAGCAGCAGCAGCAGCAGCAACAACAGCAGCAGCAACAGCAGCAGCAACAACAGCAGCAGCAACAGCUGGCUCCUCCGCCCCCGCCUCCCCCUCCGCCGCCUCCCCCUCCUCCUCCCCCGCCCCCGGCUCAAACGGUCUCGCACCACUCGCCGGCUCCCACCAUGUACAAGUACAGCACCAUCACCAGGCUGCAGAACCAGAUGGCCUCCCAGUCCGCCAAUCACCACAGGUUGCCCGGCCACAUCCAUGCAUUAGGGCAGCAGGUUCUGCCCCCAUCUCCGACACCACCUGCCGCACUGGUGCCCGUCAAACCCAACGUCAAUCACAUUGCAGCAAGGACCAAUGUGCCGCCUCCUCCUCCUCCUCCCCCUCCGCCGUCCAUGCCGGCCCCUGGGUCCGCCAUGGCGAUGUUGAAGCUGGGCCCUCCCAGCCCGGCUGCCCCGCCUGCCUUCAUUCCCCCACCCCCAGCACCUCCUGCUCCACAGACGAAUGGAGUAACUUUCCCUCCCCCUCCUUCUCCUCCACCACCCCCUCCUGCACCGGCUCCCAUGAGCCACCCUGUUUACCCCAACGGGCUGAAGCAGGUGCUGAAGGAAAGGUUUCCCAGCCCGCCGCGAGACCUCCUCUCUCCAAAUGGAGUCCUCGAGGAGUCCCCGCCGCCUGCCCCAGCUCCACCACCUCCACCUCCUCCGCCCCCACCUCCGCCGCCGCCUCCUCCUCCCCAGCAGUUCCCAGUGCCAGCCCAGUUCCCGCCUCCCCCUGCGCCGCCGCCAGCGCCACCCAAAACCUUCACACCGGGGUUUGUCCGUCACACUGCCCCCAAACCUGUGUCACCUGUCUCUCCAUUUCCCCCCCGCCCCACACCCGCACCCUUCAAGAAGCAGUUCAGCCUCCAGGCAGGACACAUCUCCAGCCAUCCCCCUCCGACUCUCCCAAAGCAGCACAGCAUGUCUAAACCAACACCGGUCUCCAUGGGAGCCGCUCCUACCAUGUCUUUGGUGAAACAGCUAGCAAGUCAGUUUCCAGGAGCUUCGUCCCAAGUAGCCAAUCAGGCGGAGAGCCCCAAAGCCCCCCUCUCCCCACCUGCAGUCAAGACCAAACCAAGGUGGCAGCCUGGGGGUGGCCAGCAGCUUCAAUCUCCAGAGUUCCCUCCUCCUCCUCCAGACAGCAACGUCGGCUUCCCUGCCGCCGCCCCUCCUCCUCCGCCUCCACCUCCUCCGCCACCUCCUCCAGCCCCUGUUACAGGCCCACCUCCACCUCCUCCGCCACCUCCCCCAGCCCCUGUUACAGGCCCACCUCCACCUCCUCCGCCACCUCCCCCAGCCCCUAUUACAGGCCCACCUCCACCUCCUCCGCCACCUCCCCCAGCCCCUGUUACAGGCCCAACUCCACCUCCUCCUCCCCUCCCUCCUGGAAACCUGGGCUCUCCCUUGCGGGGGUCAGCUACUGGCUCCUCCAAUUUCGAAGGCAAGAAGCCCCCUCCCACCCCGCAGAGGAACACCAACGCCAAGUUCAACGCAUCCGCUUCCUAUGAGGAAUCCAGGAAGAACUUGCUCUGCAAGUUUGCUCCCAAGAAUAACGCCCCCUCUUCCACCCCGGUCCCGCCUUGCUCCCGUGGAUCCCCUUCCAAGGACCCUUCAACUGGACCCCCUGCUCCCCCGAAACCAGGCAAGCUCAACCUGGCCAACCUGCCAUUGGCACUCCAGGCUAAAGUGAGCCAGGUAAAGCAAACCAGUGGGGACUUCCCUUCCCCGCCACCUGACUGCGCCUACUUCCCACCUCCUCCCCCAGCCUCCGAGCUCUUCCCCCCUCCUCCCCCUCCCGGUAGUGAUGCCCAUAGCGGAGGACCUCCUAGGGUCGCCGUGGUCAACCCCCAGCCCCAGGCUCCCCCUCCUCCUCCGCCUGUCUCCCUUGUCAGCAACUCUACGUGGGGGAAGAGCUCCCUGAAAAAGACUCCUCCGCCCACGCUUGUGCGGCGUAACAACACCACCCCGGAGCCCCCUCCACUCUCACCACCUGCACCCACCUCCCCAAAGGGCGGCUCGGGCCAGCCCAAUUUCCUGGAUGAUCUCCACCGGACACUGAAGCGAAAGUCAGUGGGUCGCCAAGGUUCCCUCAACUCGGCCGGCCUCACGGGCAAACUGGACCCUGUGGGAACUAUGGACGACAUGGCGCUGCCUCCGCCGCCCCCUGAGCUGCUCCUGGACCAAGGAAAUCAGAGCAAUGGAGGAAACGGUGCCUACAUGUCUGGAAACAUCUCAGGCUAUGCAACAAUACGAAGAGGACCCCCACCUGCACCACCCAAACGAGGGGACACAACCAAACUUACUGGCGAGUGUUGAACUUGGAGAUCAGGACAUUAUGAAGAUGGAUGAAUAGACAAUGAAAGAAUAUAUGGAACUGAAUACUCAUUAUUGAAAUGGGAGCGAAUUCCUGAAUUGCUUCUGUCCUCUUGGGAUCACAAUGAUAAAUAGAUGACUGUGUAUAUACUAAAACCCAAACCAGACCAUGGUCAGUUAUUGUUUGCUAAUUAUUGCAGUUUUUUUUAACAUGCUUGGCAUUCUGGAUCAGUGGGGUUUAUAAUAUUUGGACAAUUGAGACUGGAGCAGGUAAGUUUGAGGUCACAGAAAAGUCUUUUAAUUUUCUGCGAUUGUCUAAACUCUCUGGAAGACAUUGUAUUAUGGUAAACCCCACCCAUCUGGCACACCAAGCAGAUUUAAAUAAACACUAAUAAGAAUUGUGCAAAUAAGACUGCAUCCAUGUCUGAGCCAAACCAUGUUAUCCGCUUCUUUGCCAUAAGUUUGUGCCACUUACUGAAGACAAAAAAAUACAAAAAAAACACAUCAGGAUCUUUCUGCUUCGGUACUGCAUGGACUUCAUGUAAGAACGGGCCGUAAAACAUGCAGCUGUUCUGGUGUGUGUGCAUGAGCGAGAGAGAGAAACUGAGACGGGAGAUGCAUACAUGCACGCAUGUGUGUAUGAUUAUAUGGUGGUGAAGUAGUUAAACAUUUCAGAAGGCCUUCGUGGAGCACAGACGGUUAGGUUUGGUUUUAUAUAAAAUUAUUUAAUGAGCGAUAAACGGAAGGAGUUUUUUUUAUGUCUGUCUUUUAACAGCUGUUCAACAAAGUUUAGAGAGGAACAAAACAUGAGGGCACAACGGAAUGUACAUGGGACGGUGUAAUUAAAAACAUGAAUAACACACUUGAAGGCAAUGAUUCAGUGAUAUAAACACUCUUAAAACUGUCGACUCAAACAUUUCUAGACUGUUUCACAAAUGAAAAUAAGGACGCCUUAUCCCCAAAGUCUUGCACAGAGGUCAAAAGCAGAAAACGAGAUUUCUUCCAAAGGUUCAGCAGCGUCUGGACUGUGCAUCUGAGGGAAACAAAAAAAAUACUUUUGUUUUUUAUUUAAUAGACUGUAAAUGGAGGUGGAGGCCCGUGACUGUAUCUUCGUGUCAGUUCCCCGUGCGUUGGCUUGAUUUUGGACCUUAACCUUCAGUUUGUAUCUGUACAGCCGUAGCUGCUACUCCGAUACUGUCGGUCCCCGCCGCCUUCUAAAGUCACAUGGUAUCACAAUACCGGAAGUUAAAUGUACAGGUUGGAUUCAGUCCUGUGAAGUAUACUCAUCCACACCCAGUUGAAAAAGAUACAUUUUGUCUGGUUAAUGUACAAAGCGUUAAAUCAUGUAGUCAGUAACAGAAAACGUCCAUUGGACUGACUGUUGCUCCUCUGUCGUUAUCUCUUGAUUUUGUACCUGCAGAUUGGAUCAUGAAGGGUUUUAAUUUCUAGCAGCAAUGCCUUUUUAUUUUUAGGGUGCUAAUGCUGUCCUUCUCAAGGAACUCCUCAUCAACAUGUCCUUGUGUGCAAGGAUUACAUAUCAUUAAUAUUUCAGACCGUUUAAACUGGUUUUAAAUUGGCUUUGGUGUGGAAAUGUGUGCUUGAAGUGUCAUGAAGAUGGUCGUUUCCCCCACGAGCGCUGUUUUAACAUGCUAUCCUUUUGUCCUACUCGGCCGACGUGGUUUGAUCGCCGCUUGGAGGCAGCGUACCAUUUCUUAUAACUGAUUACCAUUGUCUUAACAGGAUGUUUGCUACAGUACAGUAUGUAAGUUAUUGAUGUGCUGAUGUGAACAUGUGGGGCCCAGUGAAAUGAAGAAAAAUGGUUGCAGAUGUGUCCUCCUGCAUAUAAACUGAAAAUCACAAUAUAAAUGUUCAAACCAGACCUCAAUCCGUCUCAGAGUCCUCAUUUGUUCAAGUGGUUUGUAUACAGUGUAGCUGGGGUAGCGUGUUUCACUUAAUGUUAUGUAUUUUAGCACCAUGAUUUCACUAUCAAAGCAAGAAUGAUUAAAAUGGAAACAGUUUGUUGGUCAGUGGAGCUUAGACUCCCUCUAGUGGUCUGUU